AUGGAAGACAAACCUUAUAUUCCAGGAUAUCUCAAAGGCACACCUAUAGAAAGGCUUAAUUCAGCCUACCCAUUAUAUCUACCAACGCGCUUUGAAGAGUGUUGGACGAGGCAUGUCAAUCAAGCCGAAUCAGUUCCCACUGACUAUCCUAUCCCACCUGAAGUUUUGCUAUACUAUUUUGAAGUCGAUAUUAUAGAUAAAGGUGAAGAUGGAUAUAUUGGAGUUGGAUUUGCUAAAGAUUUAGAAAUACUUGAAAUUUUACCAGGAUGGUGUCCAGGAACGAUGGGAUAUCAUGGCGAUGAUGGAUGUAAAUUUUAUGAAACCGGCCGUGGCAUCAAUUACGGGCCUUUAUAUAGCACGGGAGACACCAUUGGUUGUUGUGUAAACUUUGUAGACCAACAUAUUUUCUAUACGAAAAAUGGUGUCAAUUUAGGGAUCGCUUUUGAAUGUGCUUUAAAGGAAGAUUUAUUUCCUAUCAUUGGAUUGAGGACUCAUGGUGAAUGCGUGGAAGCGAAUUUUGGAACAAAACCGUUUAAAUUUGAUAUUGACUCUUAUGCUAAAGCAUUUUUCUCUGAACCUCGGAUUGCUGCUCAAAUAGAAGGCCCUAAAGAGAUUCUGAUGCGACACAUUGACAUAGAUGUAUUCGAUGAGAAUCUGUACAAAUUUUAUGAUUUUGUGUGA